AUGAGGAUUAUUAGAAAUGUGAAAGAUUACUUCUUUAAGCAGCACCUGUUCACCACAAACGUCCUGACGUGCGGAUCUCUCCUGGGUCUUGGUGAUUGUAUGGUUCAGAAAAUUAACACUAUGUUUGAGGAAAACAUAAAGUAUGACUUUGCAAGGACGGGUCGUAUGGCAGUCAUUGGUGUCAUGCUGGGUCCCUUCAACCAUUACUGGUACGCUAUCCUUGACAGAAUCAUUGUGGGCAGAACACGGAAGAUUGUCGUGAAAAAAAUCUUGGUUGACCAAGCUGUGGCAGGCCCGUUUUUCUGCACUUCAUUUCUCUAUGGUAUAAGUAUUCUGGAAGGGAAAGAUCACGAUGCUGCAAAACAGGAGUGGAAAAAUAAGUUUCUCAAGAUAUACAUGCUGGACUGGACAUUCUGGCCGCUGGCACAGUUCAUCAACUUCAAGUUUGUGCCCAGUAAUUACCGGGUGCUGUACGUCUGCAUCUCAACAUUGAUUUGGAACUCGCUGUUGUCCUACAUCAAGUACAGACCGGUUCACGAACAUGUCCGAUGA